ACUCUGGAUCCAGACACAGCAAAUCACUGGCUCGUCCUGUCUGAGGAUCGGAAACAUGUGAGAUGUGGAGACAAACGCCAGGAUCUGCCCGACAACCCUGGGAGAUUUGAUCCUUGUCCCUGUGUCUUGGGCACUGAGGGGUUCGCAGAUGGGAGGCAUUACUGGGAGGUGGAGGUGGGAGACAAGACAGACUGGGACCUGGGGGUUUGUAGGGAAUCUGUGAGCAGGGAGGGGCAGGUCACACUAACAACCAAACAGGGCUACUGGGCCAUGAUUUUGAGGAAUGGGGAUAAAUACUCAGUCUCCACCUCCUCCUGGACCCCCCUCCCCGUGAGCGUCAGGCCCAGCCGGGUGGGGAUUUUCCUGGACUAUGAGGCGGGCGAGGUCUCGUUUUACAAUGUGACUGACAGGUCCCAUCUGUUCACUUUCAAUGGCACCUUCUCGGGGACGCUCCGCCCUUAUUUCUAUCCUGGUGGCAACACUGGGGGUAAAAACACGGCUCCCCUGAUAAUCUGCCUGGUCCCAGCUCAGGCCGGAGGGAAUCUCUGUCCCUGA